GGGACAGGACGGGAAGCCGCUGCGCAGCGGGGCGUCCGGCGAGAGAUGGAAACUUAUUUUCCUUCGCCAGCCGCUGAAGCUUCUCCCGCGCGGGGAGGGAUCCGGGCCCGCGUGUCCGCGGGUGCGUGGCGGCGGCCCCGGCCCCGGCCCCGGCCUGCCCCGCGGCGGGGGCUGCGGCGGCCCGGGGAGCAGCGGAAGCAGCCUGGCCGCGGGCUCGGCUCGCCGGGGGCGGGGGCCUGGCCUGGCGCCCAGCAGGUGACAGGUGUGAGUGCGCCGGGUGAGACACCGCCAUUUGGGGAUGAGUAACAGGGUGUCAGAGGUGCGGUGUUUUGGUGCCUGGUGCCUUUGCGGGGGCUGGCUCGGCUCGAUUCCAUGUAGAAUGUAUUCGGGACGUUAGUUUCCAUUAUUCAAGUCAGUUUAGUUGUUGGGCAGAAAUUCUUGAAAUGGUUCUGAUAAGGGGGAUUUCAAAGAGAGGAGGUUCAUAUGGUUUCUUUUUUACUUUUUCUGUUUUGUCCCUCUGAGAGACCUGGGAAUGCUAUGCAGAGGUGUGUAGUACUUUGUCUCAUUCAUUGAAAGGCUUGUAUUAAAAGCCUGAAUGCUCAGUUCUGUUAGAUGUAACAAGGCCUUCAGGGCAGGGACCUUGUGUUCUCUGGUAACUCAGCAGACCCUGGUUUCUGCCAGUAGGUGUUUCUGUAUUAGUCAUAGUAAGUACAUACUUGAAAAAGGAAUUCUGAAGGAAUACUUCUUAGCAAGGAGGAGGUUUCAGGUGUGGUUUUCUAGUCAUAAUAACUUUGGGGUAUUUGAUAUAGACUGAAUAAAGCUGUUCCUGAAGUUCGGCUGUAGAAUGCUGAAAAUGCUGUUGCAUAUAAUUUUCAGUGCUCUGACUUAUGUAGAUGUUUAAGACGUACAUUAAAUACAGAGUGAUUAUCAUAUAUUGCUCAAAUUGUUUCAUAUCAGAACUUUAGCCACCAAAAUGGUACUGCACAUGUAUUACAGUAAGAAGGGCUGUGUAGUAAUAGCACUAUAUUCAUGGUUGGCCGCAAUUUGCUGAAAUCAGGAAUAAUUUUCAGCUUCACUAGUGAUUUACCAGAUAACCAGGCAUUUGCAUUUUGUACACAUUUUUCAAUUAUUUGUUCUUUAUCUAUGUUAUUGUAAUUAGGUUUUCUCAAACCUCAGAAUUCUGAUAUCUGCUUUCAGCAGGAGGGAAGUCCCACUGACAAAUUAGGAGACACAUGUCAUCAGCUUCAAAAAUGCUGGGACAGAAGAGAUGAGUACUCCCUUUAUUAAGGCCUAAAACUGCCUGUUGAAAAACAAUCCUGACCAGGCAAUAUACGAAUGGCCCAAGGAAGCCAGCAAAUUGAUAUUCAGGUUUUACAUGACCUGCGACAGAAAUUUCCCGAGGUACCUGAAGGUGUUGUAUCCAGAUGCAUGUUACAGAAUAACAAUAAUUUGGAUGCCUGUUGUGCAGUUCUCUCUCAGGAGAGCACAAAGUAUCUCUACGGUGAAGGAGACCUAGGUUUUUCGGAUGACUCUGGGAUUCCUGGACUACGAAAUCACAUGACAUCUCUUAAUUUGGAUUUACAGUCACAGAACGUGUAUCACCAUGGAAGAGAAGGAAGUAGAAUGAAUGGAAGUAGGACUCUAGCUCACAGCGUUAGUGAUGGACACCUUCAAACCAGUCAGUCCAACAAUGAACUGUUUCAGCAGGAACCGCAGACAGCACCUGCACAGGUUCCACAAGGAUUUAAUGUCUUUGGGAUGGGUAAUACAGUUAGUACUUCUAAUCCAGGGCAGCACCUUGGAUUUCACCUGGGCAGCAAAGGAGUAUCUAACUUGUCUCAACAAACGCCCAGAUUCAACCCCAUUAUGGUAACUUUAGCCCCAAAUAUUCAGCCUGGUCGCAACACCCCUACGUCUUUGCACAUACAUGGUGUACCUCCUCCUGUACUUAACAGUCCACAGGGAAAUUCUAUCUAUAUUAGGCCUUAUAUCACACCUCCUAGUGGUACCACUCGACAGACACAGCAGCAGCCAGGCUGGGCAUCUCAGUUUAAUCCCAUGCACCCUCAGCAAGUCUACCAGCCUUCGCAGCCAAGUCCCUGGACUACUCUUCCUACAUCCAGUACUACGCCACAUACCUCAUUGCAGCACUCAACGCAGCCAAAUCAGCAAGGCCACCAGACUUCUCAUGUCUAUAUGCCUAUCAGUUCUCCUACUACUCCACAAGCACCUAUGAUUCAUUCAUCUGGUAGUUCACAAUCCUCUGCGCAUAGCCAAUACAACAUUCAGAAUAUAUCCACAGGACCUCGCAAAAACCAAAUUGAAAUCAAACUUGAACCACCGCAAAGAAACAAUUCUUCUAAGUUGCGUUCAACUGGCCCUCGCACUUCCACUACUCCCUCUUCCCUCAACAGCCAGACAUUAAGUAGAAGUCAACCCACUGUUUACAUAUCGGCCAGUCCUCCAAAUACUGAUGACGUGAUCACACGUGGUCAACCUAAGGUCUACAUUUCAGCAAAUGCCACAGCAGGAGAUGAUCAAGUUGUGCGGAACCAGCCCACGCUUUUCAUAUCAACAAAUCCUGGAGUAUCUACCACUUCUAGGAAUAUGUCUGGUCAAGUAAGCAUGGGUCCUGCAUUUAUUCAUCACCAUCCACCCAAGAGUCGAGCAGUGGGCAACAGCACCACUGCAACCUCUCCUCGAGUGGUGGUUACGCAGCCUAACACAAAAUAUACUUUUAAAAUUACAGUUUCUCCAAAUAAGCCCCCUGCAGUUUCCCCAGGGGUAGUGUCCCCAACCUUUGAACCUACAAACCUUCUAAACCUUCCUGAUCACUAUGUUGAACCAGAGGGUAUCCAGCAUCUUACUGACCCUGUUUUAGCACAUGUGGAUAGGAUCAGUGAUGCACGGAAAUUGAGUAUGGGAUCUGAUGAUGCUGCCUACACGCAAGCUCUGCUGGUACACCAGAAGUCCAGGAUGGAGCGACUUCAACGAGAACUUGAGGUUCAAAAGAAAAAGUUGGAUAAACUAAAAUCAGAGGUCAAUGAAAUGGAGAAUAAUCUAACACGAAGGCGCCUGAAAAGAUCGAAUUCUGUUUCCCAAAUUCCAUCACUGGAAGAAAUGCAACAGUUAAGAAGUUGUAACAGACAGCUGCAGAUAGACAUAGAUUGCCUUACUAAAGAGAUUGACCUUUUUCAAGCAAGAGGACCACAUUUUAAUCCCAGCGCUAUUCAUAAUUUUUACGAUAAUAUUGGAUUUCUUGGUCCGGUGCCACCAAAACCCAAAGAUCAGAGGUCCAUUGUGAAAACACCAAAGACUGUUCCAGACACAGAUGAAGAUGAGGGAGCUCAAUGGAGUUGUACUGCCUGUACUUUUUUAAAUCAUCCGGCCUUAAAUCGCUGUGAACAGUGUGAAAUGCCCAGGCAUUUCUGAGCCAACAGGCCGGGUACCUUUUGUAAAACUAUAGCAAACAUACAAGGAACUAUCCAAUCAUUGGGGGGCAAAAAAAGCAUUUAUCUGUAGGAUUUUGCAAAAUUGAAGAUGUGACGAGACGGUAUUUUGCUAAUGUCAAAUGUCAGCCCACAGAGCUAGUAAUACCUCAGUGUUGUGUCACAGGCAGUUGAACUCAUCAGCUGAAAGGUAAUCUGCUGAAAGACUCAGCUGUCAGCUGCCUUAACCAUGUACAGUAUUACCAGCAUCCCAGUAACACACACCAUGUUCAGUGCUUGGGUGUUGCCCAUCUUCCUCUCUGCCCCGAUGUCACUACUGAAUUUUGACAGGGGAAAGGAAUAGAGUGCUAGCGUUUUUGUUUUCAGAGCUUUCAGUGAAACACUACAUGCACAGAGGAGAUCUAAAAGGAACAAGGUUUGACUGUUUAAACUGUUUGCUGCCACGCAGUGCCUUCGAUAAAGGGAAGAACUUCACAAAUCAGUGGUACUCUUUGCCUUGUCUUCCCUGAAAACAUCUCUGUGAAGCCAGAAAUCAAUACAAUCCUGUCUAAAGAUGAAAAGGAAAAACUGCAUGCGUUGUCUGUACAAUACACACAGUGAAAUACCCCAGAGCUUUUCCUACUGUACAUAGCUCUAGAGCCUGCUUUAAGUGAUUUCUUUUCUUCACCUUUAUUAUUUUCUUGUACUUCUGUAUGUAUAGUGUAAUAGUCUUUUUGUUAACUUUCUUUUUUUCCCUUUAAGUGAUUAAGCACGAUCAUGUCCCUUUUUUUAAGCUUUUAUCUGAGAGAAGCAAUGCCUUAAAAUAAGAGCAUUAAUAAGAAACUAUGCACAAAAUAGCUUUCCUCUGCUCAUUCUGUACAUUGCUCUUUUAAAUGCUGAUGAUCUGUGAAGACCUGCAGAUGCAGCAUGGUAAAAAUGCAGGAAAAGUUGGAAGAGUUAUGCAUAUAGUUCACUCUGUACACUGAGUUUUACGGUGGGUGACACAAGGUAGCGUUUUGUCUGGCGUGAGGAAACUUUGUACUAAGAAACUUUCCACCCACCAACAGAUCAGCAUCCGAUUUAAGCUUGCUUCAUCUGCUGGGUAUCUUGCAGACUCCUGAAGAGAGAUUCAUUGGGGAAAUACAUACAGUGCCAAAAUCAACAGCAGCAGCAUCGUACAGCUUUGUUCAAGGACUUUAAAUGCUUUCCUGUUUUGGCAGCCAGUUUCUAAACCUGACUUUGCGGUGAAGUCUCAUAUUUAUAGAAAACAAGGAUAGCAAUAUUUAGGACAACUGAAAUAAAGGCUGGAAAAGAGAAAUCAAACAGACUUGAACACUGAAGCAACCUCAAGCAUCUCUUUAUUUUGAUGAUCUAUGUUUUUUAAGGAAAAUAUUCACAUGAUCGGGGAUGUAUGUAACCGAGAUCAAGAAAAUGGAAUUCCAGUACAGUAUGCAUGAAAGACGGCACGCAAAGAAUUAUGUAGCAGCACUUAGCGUGAGGCUGGAGGGAGUGCUAAUCAUGUAGCAAGAGAAAAAGUAACUGUCACCCACUGUAAACGUUUGCCAGUGGACACUUUUAUUAGGAGUUUUACAAGUGAUCUAUGUGAAUGCACAGAGGCCUUUGUUUUGAAGGCUAUGCAUUUUUUUUUUAUGUGGGAAGAAAAUGCCAGUCCCAGGUAAUUAGGCAGUAGACCCAAAGCACUUGCAUUCAAUGCAUUUUGUUUAUAAAAUGAGGCCUUGUUUUUCAGCUUCAUCUGCAGUUCUAUGUGAAGAUUGACAAAUCAGUUUUUACCUGUUUAUUAAUAAAACCUAAUUUGGAUAUCUUGAGUUGAUGGUUUUGUGAUUUAGCUGGGUAAACUGUCUUUGUAACAGAUAAGUUAUUUAUAAAAAAUAAAAAAAAUUAUAUUCUAA